GGGUCGGGUUUAAAACUUCGGGUCAGAUUAAUUCGAUCCAGAUUGUCUCUGGCUUCUCUAACCUCUGUAUCUCUCUCUGCAAAAAUCGAGAUUCAGAGCAAGUGCAGACAAAAAAAAAAAGAUUUUUUUGUUGUCAUAUAAAUUAUCGAUGAAAAAGAAAGAUUCUUUGUUUGUUUCCCGAGAAUAAAAAUCUCGACUUCCAUCUCCAAUCUGUCCAUCAGACCUUUUUUUUUUUCUUUUUCUUUACUUCCGAAGGAAUAUAAAGGAUCAAUCAAAGAUUUUGGUUUUGUCCGGAUACUAACCGGGAAAUGGAAGGAGAUGUGUUCUCAGGAUUUGGAGACAGACACAAUGUGGAUGGUAAAUUGUUGCAGGGCUUCCAGAAGAGCUUUGUGGAUGUUCAAGACAUUUUGGAUCAGAACCGGUUACUGAUCAACGAGAUCAAUCAGAACCACGAGUCCAAACAACCGGAUAAUUUGGGUAGAAACGUGGGUUUGAUUAAAGAGCUCAACAACAAUAUCAGAAGAGUGGCUAGCCUUUACGGUGACCUCUCUCAUUCUUUUGCAAGAUCAGUUGAUGCUUCAUCAGAAGGUGAAUCUAGUGGUACUUUGAAAUCUGAUGGGAAAGCUAACCAAAAGAGAUUUAGAUCCGGUUAGUAUAUUUUUUUAUCAAGAACACCAAAGGUUGAUUUAUAUUCAGAGCUAAUUUGAUUGAGAGGAGUCAAGCAGUAGAGUUCUACUAUUGUAAUAUCUUUGUUGAAAUGAUAGUGUUACAUCCUAUAUCAAAGUUGAUUUUCAGUUUUAAAA